AAACCAGCAGCUGCAGGUCCAAGCCCCAGCUUAGCACUGAGAAAAAGGUGGGACAGGAUGCUUUUGUGGAGCCCCUUAGCCAACUUCUUUUGGGACUUACAGUGCAAAAUAUAUUUUCUGCUUGUAGGUAUUUGUUCUGCCUUAAAGCUGACAGUACCAUCUCAUACCAUCCAUGGUAUUGAGGGCCAACCGCUAUGUCUUUCUGUUGACUACAAUUUCAACACUACAGCUUCUGAAAUCCAAAUUAUUUGGCUUUUUGAGAGGCCUCAAAGUAAUCCAAAAUACUUGCUUGGCUCUGUAAAUCAAACAGUUGUUCCAGACUUGGAAUAUCAGCACAAAUUUACCCUCAUACCACCAAAUGCAUCUUUGAUGAUCAAUCCAUUGCAUAUCAGUGAUGAAGGCAAUUAUAUCAUAAAAGUAAAUAUCCGUGGAAAUGGGACAAUAGCUGCCAGUCAAAAGAUUCAAGUGGCCGUCGAUGUUCCUGUCACAAAGCCAAUUGUACGUACUGAACCAUCUUCAGGGGUAGUGGAGUAUGUAGGGAAUAUUACAUUAAAAUGUACUGUGGGUAAAGGCACAAGGGUAGUUUACCAGUGGAUGAAAAAUGGUAAGCCUCUCCUUGCCAGCCCCAAUUACACCUUUUCAUCAAACAAUGCAACACUGCUGAUUGUUCCUGUUGUAAAAGAAGACACUGGGAAUUACAGCUGUCUGGUAUCUAACCCUGUCAGUGCAAUGGAAAGUGAAAUAAUUGCACCAAUCAUAUAUUAUGGACCUUACGGACUUAGAGUUAAAUCAGACAAAGGUGUGAAUAUUGGGGCAGUAUUUACAAUUGACAUGGGAGAAGUUAUACUGUUCGACUGCUCAGCAGAUUCAAAUCCUCCUAAUACUUAUCUGUGGAUCCAAAGGGGUGACAAUACCACUCGUGUAAUUAAAUAUGGACCCCAUCUGGAAGUUGUAUCUGACGAAGUGGCCCAGAAGACAAUGGAUUACAUGUGUUGUGCUUUCAACAAUGUGACCGGAAAACGAGAUGAAACUCACUUCACAGUCGUUGUUACUUCUGUAGGAUUGGAAAAGCUGGCCCAGAAAGGAAAAUCUUUGUCUUCUCUUGCAGUGAUAACUGGAAUUUCAUUAUUUUUGAUCCUAGCUAUGGGCUUUUUAUUCAUAUGGAAAAGAUAUCAGCCAUACAAGGUGAUACAACAGAAGCUGCAGAGCAGGCCAGAGGCUGAUUACAGGAAGGCACAGACAUUUUCAGGGCAUGAAAGUGCUUUGGAUGAUUUUGGGAUAUAUGAAUUUGUUGCUAUUCCUGAUCCUGCCAGUAGUUCUAGGGUUUCAAGUCAAUCUGUUCCUGGCUCUGACUUUGUUCCAGGCCAGGAUAUGCUUAGUACAAUUUAUGAAGUUAUUCAGCAUGUUCCUGAGCAGCCCCAACAAGAUCAUCAACAGUAAGUUAAAGCCUGUGUGCAGUCAUGCACACUCAUGAAGCUCAAAGACAAAUACUUUUGCAUGCAGAACAAUUUACAUUUUGGUAGCUGGUGUUUGAUUCCAGUGAAAGAGAUAAGUAAGGAAAACAAGUAUAAGCUACAUCAGUUCCUCACUGUUUCUCAAGACUCCAGUCCAUCGUUUCAUCAUACCGGUUUUGUCUACAUGUGAAAACAAAAACUAAGAUCUUCAAACGCAUUUUCAAAUGAGAAUUGCCAAAUGUUUGGGGAGGGUGACUACAGUUUCAUGGCACUGAGACAUCAGCACUUCCUACUGAGCAAGUCAAAUCUUCAAUCAAAGCAGUUUAAUUGUCAGCAUAGCUUCGACCUGCCAGCCCUAUGCCAAGAAGAGAUGGAGGAGUGGUGAGGGUGCAAUGUUGAAACUGGUCAGCUGGUCAAUAACCGGUUAAAAUAGUCACUGAAAGGUUAACAGACAAUGCUUAGUUACCUGAGUAAGCAAUGUCUUAAUCUAUAUCUUGACUAAUGGUUUAGAACAAAAGUAUUCUUGUUCUGCAAUGCUGUGGCUGGAAACUCCACAGAAACACUUUUGCUGAGUUAAAUACUGGAAAGACCACAGCAUGUUGUGCUUAUGCAGUUAGUGUCUGGUAGUCCUGGUUUUGUUCAGAUCACCUACUUCAUAGCACUCCUUGGCAUAAUAAGAAUGAAUACACUGUAAAGUUUCUGUAAUUGAGGUAUAGCUGCCAUAAGUCUGUUGUGAAUAUCUACAGUCUUUCACACAAAUUAAAAACAGCACACAGGAUUUUACUUGGUAACAAUUCUAUUAUAUCACACUUUCCAUGUUUUUAUGAUGUGUUCUGCUUCAUUUAUGGUUGAAAUGGAAAAUACACACUCUUACCAAUAUACUAAUCAGUUGGCUGAGUAAUCACAAUGUUUAUGUGUUUGCAUUAGCAUUCAUUACUUACACUAUUAAAAAUUUUGUGCUGGUGACAUCUUUAACUCUGUGUCCAAGUUAUGUAUGCAAACACACAGCCUUGCUUGUAAAAGCAAGCUGAUGAGUGAGAAAACAAUAACAAAUUACUAAUAACAUUUUUGUUCUGCUUGGAGUUACUCACUUUCAACCUUAAUAUGAUUUCUUAAAGCAGAUGUAAAAAGUGGCAUCAUAAAGCACGUCUUUUCUUAUUCUUCCUCCCACAUGUAUUCCUUCUCAAAUGUCUCAUUGAUACAUGACCCCUCUAAAAACUAAAUAAAUUCUAAGUAAAGAUAACUUGAACUUUGUGACACUACAGAUUUCAAAUCAAACUUUGCAAAUCAUAUUCUGUAGUUGUAAAGGACUUAUUUGCAUAAACCCAUUUUGCUGUUCUUCUCAUAUAUCAAGAUUUUUAAAAAGAAAUGUAGGAACACACUUUUUACUAAUGAGACAAAGUCUGCUAAACUUGAUAAUAAGUGGAGUACUCAGACCUCUUUCAUGAAUUUUCCAAUUCCUGACCUGCCAUGAGCACUCUGAGUGGUAAAUAAAUAAGGACAACGAAGUCCAUACUGAUACUUGCAGCAGGAUGCUUCAGCAUUCAGUAUAAUGAAGAAACAAACCACCACAGAACAGGGAACAGAGCUGGGAAAGUAAUUCCAGACUCCUAUAUGAUUGCUUACAGAUGGAUCCCAAGGACCUGACAUGCAGCCAUCUGUACAGUAAUCAGCAAUAUUCAUGGGAAAAAUGAUGCAGAACUUGCCUGCACUCUGCUUAUGGCAGGAAUUUGCCUUUGUGCAAAAGAAAGGAACAGAUGCUGAGGGGACCAUACGGGUUUUUUGGUAAAGUGAUCAUUUUACUCUAAUUCCCAGGUGUUCUCACUAGAACUGCUGCUAUUUCAUAAUUUUUUUAGAAAUAAUUGUCCAAAGAAAAAUCAGUC